GAUGCGUCGAGCGGCUGCGGCGCGCUCAAGCCUUCUUCGGUCUGGACGCUGUGCUUCGCAGCCCCGUGGCCCACGGAGGACGGUACAUUGGACUCCAGAGGGAGGUGACAAUGCACCAUGGCAGUGGUCCUCAGAACGUCCAACAUCAGCUGCAGAGGUCCAGGUCCUUCACCGCCAGUGAGGAGGAGCAGUCGGCCCAUCCAAAUCUGCCACCGUCCCCUGCAGCACCCUUUGCUCCGUCGGCCAGCCCGUCUGCCCCCCAGUCCCCCGGCUACCAGAUACAGCAGCUGAUGAGCAGGAGUCCUGCAGCUGGGCAGAAUGUGAACAUUGCCCUACAAAGCGUGGGCCCUGUUGUGGGAGGAAACCAGCAGAUCACCCUAGCCCCUCUGCCGCUGCCCAGUCCCACCUCUCCAGGUUUCCAGUUCAGUGCACAGCAGAGGCGAUUUGAGCAUGGCUCUCCUUCGUACAUUCAGGUUGCGUCCCCCCUGUCCCAGCAGGUGCAGACACAGAGCCCUACGCAGCCCAGCACCGGRCCUGGGCAGGCCCUGCAGAAUGUGCGUGCAGGGGCCCCUGGGCCUGGGCUGGGUAUGUGCAGCAGUAGCCCUACCGGAGGCUUUGUGGACGCCAGCGUGCUUGUGAGGCAGAUCAGCUUGAGCCCGUCCAGUGGCGGGCACUUUGUGUUUCAGGAGGCUCCAGGCCUCACUCAGAUGGCCCCGGGGGCCCAGGUUCAGCUCCAGCAUGCUGGAGCGCCCAUUGCAGCACGAGAGCGGAGACUGUCCCAGCCUCACGCACAGUCAGGAGGCACCAUCCACCACCUGGGACCCCAGAGCCCUGCAGCUGCUGGAGGAGCCAGCCUGCAGCCCCUGGCCAGCCCAGGCCACAUCACCACAGCCAGCCUACCUCCCCAGAUCAGCAGUAUCAUCCAGGGCCAGCUGAUUCAGCAGCAGCAGGUGCUGCAGGGGCAGCCACUGAGCCGGCCUCUGGGAUUUGAGAGGACUCCCGGCCUGCUGCUGCCUGGGGUCGGGGGGGCUCCUGCGUUUGGGAUGACAUCUCCACCACCUCCCACCAGCCCUUCCCGAACUGCCAUGCCCCCCGGCCUUUCCAGCCUGCCGCUCUCRUCUGUAGGGAGCUCAGGGGUGAAGAAGGCUCCCAAGAAACUGGAAGAGAUCCCCCCGGCCUCUCCGGAGAUGGCGCAGAUGAGGAAGCGGUGCCUGGACUACCACUACAGGGAGAUGGAGGCCCUGCGGGAGGCCUUCCGAGAGUGCCUGGUCGAACUGUUUUUCUUACAACAUCUCCAGGGGAACAUGAUGGAUUUCCUUGCUUUUAAGAAGAAGCAUUAUGCCCCGUUACAGGCAUAUCUUAGGCAGAAUGAUUUGGACAUUGAGGAAGAGGAGGAGGAGGAGGAGGAGGAGGAGGAGGAAGAAGGAAAGUCUGAGGUCAUCAAUGAUGAGCAAGCCCUGGCAGGGAGCUUGGGUGCUGGAGCAGGCAGCGCAAUGGAGGUGGACCCAUUCAAGAGGCAGCCGGUGAUGCCGCCCGCAGAGCAGUCCAAGAGACCUCGACUUGAAGUGGGCCAUCCAGGGGUGGUCUUCCAGCCCCCAGGGGUGAGUGCUGGCGUGCCUCUGCAGCAGCUGAUGCCAACCGUGCAAGGAGGGAUGCCUCCCACCCCGCAGGCUGCCCAGCUCACUGGACAGAAGCAGAGCCAGCAGCAGUACGACCCCUCCACAGGGCCUCCUGUGCAGAAUGCUGCCAGCUUGCACACCCCGCCACCACAGCUGCCCACAAGGCUGCCCCCRGCCAGUGUCCCUGCCUCUGCCCUCCCCUCCACGCUACAGUUCUCACAGCAGCCGCAGGUUCUGGAGGCCCAGACACAGCCCCAGGUCCAGCCCAAGACUCAGCAGCUUGGUGUCUCUGUUCCUGUCCCCCAGCCCAGCCAGCCCCCGGCUCCUCCUCCACAGCCCUCCCAGCCRGCGCUCCACGUUCCGAUGCCUGGGAAGGCACAGAUGCAGACUGCUCAGCUUCCAUCCCAGCCGCAGACGGUGGCUUCGACCAGGCCCCCCCUGGACUCUGCCCAGCCCUGUCAGCGGUCUCUGCCCACUGCUUCCUCAUCGCUUGCACCAGGGAGUAGUGCAGUCCCGGGACCCUCCCCUGCACGGUCCUCGCCAGUGAGCAGACCCUCCUCAGCAAGCAGCAAGGCACUGUCUCCAGUCACAUCCCGCUCUCCAGGGGUGGCAGCAUCGGCACCCCCCAAACCGCAGAGUCCUGCUCAGAAUGCGGCCGCAUCCCAGGACAGCGUCCAGGACAAGCUGGCAGAACAGAUCACGCUGGAAAACCACAUCCAUCAGCGCGUAGCAGAUCUGAGGAAGGAAGGCUUGUGGUCCCUAAGACGACUGCCAAAACUGCAGGAGGCCCCACGUCCCAAGUCGCACUGGGACUACCUGCUGGAGGAGGUGCAGUGGAUGGCCACGGACUUUGCCCAGGAGCGGAGGUGGAAGUUGGCUGCUGCUAGGAAGCUCGUCAGGACUGUGGCUCGCCACCACGAGGAACAGAAGCUUCGGGAGCAGCGAGGGAAGAAAGAGGAGCAGGACAGGCUGAGGCGCAUUGCUGCCUCCGCUGCCCGGGAGAUUGAGCACUUCUGGUCAAACAUCGGACAGGUUGUAGAAAUAAAACUACAAGUAGAAUUAGAAGAAAGGAGGAAAAAGGCCUUGAACUUGCAGCAGGUUUCUAGGAAAGGGAAGGAGUCAAGAGCUAGGGGAUGUGGCACGUUUCCUGAGCACUUCCUGGACUCGGGAAUAUCUGGAAGGAAAAGGAAAGCCAGCACCUCUUUGACUGAUGACGAAGUGGAAGAUGAAGAGGAGACCAUUGAAGAGGAGGAAGCGCAUGAAGGGCUUGUGGACCACCACACAGAGCUGUCCAACUUGGCCAGGGAAGCUGAGCUGCCCCUGAUGGAUUUGAUGAAGUUGUAUGAAGGUGCCUUUUUGCCAAAUUUCCAGUGGCCCCAACCUGACCCCGAGUGUGACGAGACGAGCGGAGAGGAGGAUGCUGACGACUGUCCCAGUGACAGGGAGAGCCGCAGGGACUUGGUUCUCAUAGACUCCCUCUUCAUCAUGGAUCAGUUCAAAGCUACAGAGAGGGUGAACGUGGGGAAGCCCAACACCAAGGACAUCGCAGAAGUCACUGCUGUGGCUGAGGCUGUGCUGCCCAAGGGCAGCGCCCGGGUCACCACCACGGUGAAGUUCAGCGCGCCCUCCUUGUUGUACGGUGCCCUGCGAGAUUAUCAGAAGAUCGGCCUGGACUGGCUGGCCAAGCUGUACCGGAAGAACCUCAACGGCAUCCUGGCGGACGAGGCCGGGCUGGGCAAGGCAGUGCAGGUCAUCGCUUUCUUUGCUCAUCUCGCUUGUAACGAAGGUAACUGGGGCCCCCAUCUUGUUGUCGUGAGAAGUUGUAACAUACUCAAGUGGGAACUUGAGCUGAAACGCUGGUGUCCUGGGCUCAAAACCCUCUCCUACGUUGGCAGCCACAGAGAACUCAAAGCAAAGAGACAGGAGUGGGCCGAGCCCAACAGCUUCCACAUCUGCAUCACGUCCUACAAGCAGUUCUUCAGAGGCUACCCUGCCUUCUCACGAGUGCGCUGGAAGUGCCUUGUCAUCGACGAGAUGCAGCGUGUGAAGGGCCUGACUGAGCGGCACUGGGAGGCCGUUUUCACCCUGCAGAGCCAGCAGCGUCUUCUCCUGAUUGAUGCGCCGCUGCACAACACCUUCCUGGAGCUCUGGACUAUGGUGCACUUCCUCAUCCCCGGGAUCUCCAGGCCCUACCUGAGCUUCCCCUUGAAAGCCCCCAGCGAGGAGAACCAGGACUACUACCACAAGGUGGUCAUCAGGCUGCACCGGGUGACACAGCCGUUUAUUUUGCGGAGGACUAAAAGAGAUGUGGAGAAGCAGCUGACCAGGAAGUAUGAGCACGUCCUCAAGUGCCGCCUGUCCAGUCGGCAGAAAGCUUUGUAUGAGGACGUCAUCCUGCAGCCUGGGACUCAGGAGGCUCUGAAGAGUGGUCACUUUGUCAAUGUCCUGAGCAUCCUGAUGAGGCUGCAGCGCAUUUGCAACCACCCCGGGCUGAUAGAGCCCCGGGUCCCUGACUCCUCCUACGUGGCAGGGCCUCUGCAGUACCUGUCGGCCUCUCUGGUCCUAGAGGCACUGGAGAGAGGUGUUUGGAAGGAAGCCGAUCUUUCUAUAUUUGAUCUCAUUGGAUUAGAGAAUAAAAUCACUCGCCAUGAGGCAGAAUUGCUAUCUAAGAAAAAGGUGACCCGGAAGCUGAUGGAGGAGGCCUUCACUUCGCCACCCCCGUCAGCCCGGCCAGUGGCAGUGAAGCUGAAGGCCAGUAGGUUGUUUCAGCCUGUGCAGUACGGCCAGAAGCCCGAGGGUCGCACCGUGGCCUUCCCCAGCACCCACCCGCCCCGGACAGCAACUGCCAAUACAGCUGCUGCGCCUCCACAGGGCCAGGCCCGUGGACGGCCACCGAUCGCCACGUUCUCUGCAAACCCGGAUGCAAAAGCGGCCCUGUUGCAGACCUCGCCGGCCUCCGCCAGCGCUCGACACCAGCCCACCACGACAUCCAGCCCGGCAGCUGGCCCUGCCCAUCCUGUGCGACCGCGGGCUCAGACCGCGGCCCCUGCCUGCGCCCCAGGCCUGCCCCCGCCCCCGCCCCAGGCCCCCUCGCUGGCGGCUGGGCAGAGCGCGCCGCCCCAGCGGCUGGUGCUCACCUCGCAGGCCCAGGCGCGCUUGCCCAGUGGAGAAGUAGUGAAGAUAGCUCAGCUGGCAUCCAUUGCAGGGCCUCAGAGCCGAGUGGCACAGCCCGAGACACCUGUGACGCUGCAGUUCCAGGGGAACAAGUUCACUUUGUCGCACAGCCAGCUGCGGCAGCUCACGGCAGGCCAGCCCCUGCAGCUGCAAGGCAGUGUCCUCCAGAUCGUAUCUGCCCCCGGGCAGCCCUACCUGCGAGCCCCUGGCCCUGUGGUGAUGCAGACCAUGUCUCAGGCGGGCACGGUGCAUGGUGCCCUGGGAAACAAGCCCCCAGCCGGCGGCCCCAGCCCUGUGCCCUUGACCCCACAAGUUGGAGUUCCCGGGCGAGUGGCAGUGAAUGCCAUGGCUGUGGGAGAACAAGGGCUGACCUCCAAGCCAGCCUCUCCUGUCACUGGGCCGACCCAGGAGGAGAAGAGCAGGCUUCUGAAGGAGCGGCUGGAUCAGGUCCACAUGGUCAAUGAGCGGCGCUGUUCCCAGGCCCCCAUUUACGGCAGGGACUUGCUACGCAUCUGCUCCCUGCCUGGCUGGGGAAGGGUGCCCUGGCCCACACCCGUUGACCGCAGCUUGGGAAAGAGGUCGGGGCCAGUGAGCUUUCCCUUAACCCCCUCGAGAAGCGUGGGUGAUCUGAUUUUGAGCUUGAAUCGACGCCAGGAGUCUCUGCAGGACGUUCUGGACAGGGUGGCCUGUGUGAUCCCUCCGGUGGUGGCCACACCCCCUUCCCUGUGGGUGGCCAGGCCACCCACUUUAUACCGACGCAGGCUGUGGACCUUGAGGCAGCGACUGCGAGAGCACACUGCCCCCUAUGCGCAGCAGCUGCGGCAGCUGACUGCCCUGCGCUCACUGCAGUUCCCCGAGCUGAGGCUGGUGCAGUUCGACUCAGGAAAGUUAGAAGCUUUAGCUGUCUUGCUCCAGAAGCUAAAGUCCGAAGGACGUCGGGUGCUUAUUUUAUCCCAGAUGGUUCUCAUGCUAGACAUUCUAGAGAUGUUCUUGAACUUCCAUUAUCUCACCUAUAUAAGAAUUGAUGAAAACGCCAACAGUGAGCAGCGGCAGGAGCUGAUGCGGAGUUUCAACAGAGACAGGCGGGUUUUCUGUGCUCUGCUCUCCACCCAUAGCCGUGCCACAGGCAUAAGCCUUGUGGAGGCGGACACCGUGGUCUUCUAUGACAAUGACCUCAACCCAGUGAUGGAUGCCAAGGCCCAGGAGUGGUGUGACCGGAUCGGGAGGUGCAAGGACAUCCACAUAUACAGGCUUGUGAGUGGCAACUCRAUUGAAGAGAAACUGUUGAAAAACGGAACAAAGGAUCUGAUCCGAGAAGUGGCAGCGCAGGGCAACGACUACUCCAUGGCCUUCCUGACCCAGCGGACCAUCCAGGAGCUAUUUGAGGUUCACUCCCCACUGGAUGACACCGGGUUCCCAGUGAAAGCCGAGGAGUUUGUGGUGCUCUCUCAGGAGCCUACUGUCAGCGAAACCAUCGCGCCCAAGAUCGCCAGGCCAUUCAUAGAGGCCCUCAAGAGCAUUGAGGAUCUGGAGGAGGACACACAGAAGGCCGCAGAGGAAGCAGUGCCCGGAGCAAGCGCUGGCCUGUCGACCUCAGAGGUGGGCAGCUCCAGGUGUGAGGAGGAGCCUUCGCAGCUGGAGGAGCUGGCAGACCUCAUGGAGCAGCUCACACCAAUUGAAAAGUAUGCUUUGAAUUACCUGGAAUUAUUCCAUACRACUGUUGACCAAGAGAGAGAGAGAAAUAGUGAGGACUCAGUCCUGACAUCGGUAAGGGACUGGGAGGCCCACAAUGCCCAGAUCCUGCAGGAGAGGGAGGCCCAGCUGCAGCRGGAGCAGGAGGAGGCAGAGCUGCUUACCUACACGCGGGAGGACGCCUACAGCAUGGAAUAUGUCUACGAAGAUGCCGACGGACAGACAGAGGUCAUGCCUCUCUGGACCCCACCUACCCCACCCCAGGAUGACAACGACGUGUACAUUGACUCUGUCAUGUGUCUCAUGUAUGAGGCCACACCCAUCCCAGAGGCCAAGCUGCCCCCCGUGUAUGUGAGGAAGGAGCGCAAGCGGCACAAGACAGACCCCUCGGCUGCAGGCAGGAAGAAGAAGCAGCGGCACGGGGAGGCAGUCGUCCCACCCCGAUCCCUGUUUGACCGGGCAACGCCGGGCAUGCUGAAGAUGCGGCGUGAAGGCAAGGAGCAGAAAAAGAACCUGCUGCUCAAGCAGCAGGCGCCCUUCGCCAAGCCCCUGCCCACCUGCGUCAAGUCCUCAGGGGAGCCUGCCCAGGACAGCCCCGAGUGGCUCAUUGGCGAGGACUGGGCCCUGCUACAGGCCGUGAAGCAGUUACUUGAGCUUCCCCUGAACCUCACGAUCGUGUCACCUGCCCACACGCCCAACUGGGAUCUCGUCAGCGAUGUCGUUAACUCCUGCAGCCGUAUCUACCGCUCUUCCAAGCAGUGCCGCAGCCGCUACGAGAACGUCAUCAUUCCCAGAGAGGAGGGCAAGAGUAAGAACAACCGUCCCCUGCGCACGAGCCAGAUCUAUGCCCAGGACGAGAAUGCCACGCACACCCAGCUCUUCAGCAGCCACUUUGACCUGAUGAAGACCACAGCUGGCAAGAGGAGCCCACCAAUCAAGCCUCUGCUCGGCAUGAAUCCCUUUCAGAAAAACCCCAAGCACGCCUCGGUGUUGUCAGAAAGUGGGAUCACCUACGACAAGCCCCUGCCUCCCAUCCAGGUCGCAUCCCUCCGUGCAGAGCGGAUCGCAAAGGAGAAGAAGGCCUUGGCUGAUCAGCAGAAGACUCAGCAGCCGGCUGUGUCACAGCCGCCACCCCAGCCRCAGCCCCCGCCACCCCCACAGCAGCCGCCGCCACCUCCACCCCAGCCACAGGCAUCUGGCAGCCAGCCACCCGCAGGGCCUCCCACUGUCCAGCCCCAGCCYCAGCCCCAAGCACCGCCGCAGCCUGUGCAGGCCCCACCAAAGGGGCAGCCCGCCAUCACCACUGUGGGCAGUGCAGCUGUGCUGGCAGGAACCAUUAAGACGUCAGUGACCGGGACGAGCAUACCAGCAGGCACAGUGAGUGGCAAUGUGAUUGUGAACACCAUCGCUGGCGUCCCUGCCGCCACCUUCCAGUCCAUCAACAAGCGCCUGGCUUCGCCUGUGGCUCCAGGGUCCUUGACCACGUCCGGAGGCUCUGCUCCCGCCCAGGUGGUUCACACACAGCAGCGAGCGGUUGGCUCCCCUGCCACUGCCACCACUGACCUGGUAUCCAUGGCAACGACCCAGGGCGUCCGAGCAGUCACCUCUGUGACAGCCUCAGCCGUGGUCACUACCAACCUGACCCCUGUGCAGACCCCGACACGGUCUCUGGUGACCCAGGUGUCCCAAGCCACAGGUGUCCAGCUACCUGGGAAGACCAUCACCCCUGCACACUUCCAGCUUCUCCGGCAGCAGCAGCAACAGCAGCAGCAACAGCAACAGCAGCAGCAACAGCAGCAGCAGCAGCCGCCGCCGCCCUCACAGGUGCAGGCUCCACAGGUGCAGGCCCAGGCCCAGAUCAAAGCUGUGGGCAAGUUGGCACCGGAACACAUCAUCAAGAUGCAGAAGCAGAAAGUGCAGCUGCCCCCACAGCCCCCACCACCACAGGCCCAGCCUGGGCCCCCCCAGCCUCCAGCACAGGUGCAAGUGCCGCCCCCGCAACCCCCGCAGCAGCAGAGCCCCCAGCUCACCACGGUCACAGCCCCACGGCCCGGGGCUUUGCUCACAGGCACCACUGUGGCCAACCUCCAAGUGGCCCGGCUUACCCGGGUUCCAACUUCCCAGCUGCAGGCCCAAGGGCAGAUGCAAACACAGACACCGCAGCCAGCUCAGGUGGCCUUGGCGAAGCCUCCGGUGGUGUCUGUCCCAGCAGCCGUGGUCUCUUCGCCGGGCGUCACGACUUUGCCCAUGAACGUCGCGGGCAUCAGUGUGGCAAUUGGGCAGCCACAGAAAGCAGCAGGACAGACCGUCGUGGCCCAGCCCGUGCAUGUGCAGCAGCUGCUGAAGCUCAAGCAACAGGCCGUGCAACAGCAGAAGGCCAUUCAGCCGCAGGUCGCACAGGGCCAGGGUGCUGUCCCACAGAAGCUGGCAGCGCAGCAGAUGGCCACUCAGGGCCCACAACAGAAGGUCACCUACGCUGCCCAGCCGGCCCUUAAGACCCAGUUUCUGACCACACCCAUCUCCCAGGCCCAGAAGCUGGCUGGGACGCAGCAGGUGCAGACCCAGAUUCAGGUCGCCAAACUCCCUCAGGUGGUGCAGCAGCAGGCACCCGUGGCCAGCAUCCAGCAGGUCGCCUCCGCCGCUCAGCAGGCCUCUCCACAGACUGUGACGCUCACGCAGGCCACGGCGGCAGGGCAGCAGGUGCAGAUGAUCCCCGCGGUGACUGCCACGGCCCAGGUGGUACAGCAGAAGCUCAUGCAGCAGCAGGUGGUGACCACGGCCUCGGCGCCACUCCAGACCCCAGGAGGCCCGAGCCCAGCACAGGUGCCAGCCAGCUCAGACAGCCCGAGCCAGCAGCCCAAGCUGCAGAUGAGGGUCCCAGCCGUGAGGCUGAAGACGCCCACCAAGCCCCCCUGCCAGUAGGCCACCAGCAGGGUCACCUGCAGGGCAUGUGCUCGAGCAGUCAUGUUCAGGGAGCRUCCUCACAAGCACCCCUCCUGCCACGCAGCUGGCUGAAGAGCCGUGGCGGUGAUGAUUCCUGGUGUCUCGCCUCUCAUGUCCUCCAGAGCAAUAGUACUUGUUUUGAAAGCCACUCAGCCUGGUUGUUGGUGUCUGGUACUUUGCACGUCCAAGGAGUUGGGGGCCCAUGUGGUGUCAGCGGCUGGCGCCUGUCUUGGCACUGCCACUGCGGCCUGGCUCACCCGCUCAGCUGGAACGCACCUGUGGUCCGCGGGAGGGAAGAAGGGCUCUGGAGUCCAUGCUCCAGGUGGGCUUUGCACUCCAAUCUCCCCUGGUGAGUGUGAGUGGGAUGACUCUGAGGGGGCAGGUCUGGCCCUGUUGCCCAUCUCCAUGCGUAGGACAUGAGGGGGCAGCCACCAUGACCCAACUUCCGCUCAGAGUGGCAGUGUGGCCUCCCCAGCCUGUCCCCAUGUUGCUGGCUCCCAUUUGAAGGGGCUCUGACCGUCCCCCACUGUGGACAGAGCUCAUGUCUGGACUUAGUGCGCCUGACAGCUCGGGCAGCUGUGCGACGCAAGCUGGCCUGGUCUGGUCUGGGGCAUCCUUUCCUGUGAGAGUCCCUCCRUGCCUCCGGGUUCCUCAUCGUCUUGAGGUCCGUCUGCCAGCAGGCCUGCUGUAGCUCCGCCAGGCUCUGGAGGGGCCCUGCACUGAGGGGGRCAUUCCUUGGGGCAGGUGCCCCUCAGGGCCUGAGGGGCUGGUGAGGGCUCYACACCUGGUGCUGCCGCAGCAGGAGCACAGGCCCGCAGUGCCCUCUGUGCCCUUGGAUUUGCCUGUGUCACGACGUCUGGCCCUGCAGUGGCCUUUGCCACCAGUGUGGCACAUGCAGAGCUCCCAUGUGCAGUUGCGUCUGGACCCCCCACCACUGUGUGUGUCCGGUGCCCACCUGGGGGCUGAAUGGUGAGCACUGAUGAGGAACCUGGAAGGGAGUCAGCACCACGCACUAGAGAAGCAGGGCUUGAGUGUCCAGCUCAUCAGAUGCUUCGGACCCAGCGCUGGGGUCCGCGUGCUCAUCAGCAGGCCUGGCAUUGGCCAGGUGUGUCUGGCCAGCAGUGCGCCCUCGCAGGCACCGCGCUCCCUGGCUCCUUACUCCUGACCCUGCAGGACUGCGAAGGUCUGGCUGCGCUGGUCUUCCUUGUCCUUCCUCCUGUGCUGUGGCCUCUCUUCAGACCUGACUGCCCAGCAUAGUGCUCCGUCCAUCUGCGGCCCAGGGGAGAGCAUGGGCCCCCUCAGAGCUGCUGAGAGAGCGGGCCUGGGAUCUGGGGUGCAAUGUGGACCCUGCUGCUGCUCAGUGUCAGCCUCUUGUCUCUGGCAGGCCUCCACAGUGAGCCUGGCCACAACAUGUGGUCAGAGGUGACUUUCUUGCCACCCCAUCAAUGGCAUCGGCUGCCCCACCAGCUGUAGGCCUAGUGCUUGGGGGGACACCGUGCCUCCUGUGCUCGGCUGCGGCCCUCCCUCUGUGGGGGCGGGGGGGCGGCCUUCUCCGUGCCAGUCGUGAUUCGGAGUUCCAAAGGCAGAGUGUGCAGCUCRCAGCCCAGACUGCCACUCCACCUGGCCCCUGCAGGAUGGACCUAAUCAAGAGUCGCCGGGUCACUCUGAUGAGGUUGGGCUUCCCUGGCUGCUGGCCCUACAGGCAUGUGUGCUGACUGGCAGCAGGUAGAACAAGACAAACUGUAAAUACUUUGUUAACACAAGUAUUUGUACUUGAAGAGUAGGACCUUAGAGGGCAUGGAUGUCCUGCCAGACAGAUGGCAUAAUAAAGUGACCUUUUUAUAUG